AUGUUCAAAGUUCAGCAGUGUGUAACAGCUAACAGGAUACCCAAGAAAAAGCCAUACAUUUGUGACAUUUGCUGUAAGCAGUUUGAAACACCGUCAAAAUUAGCUAGGCAUUAUCUAAUACAUACUGGUCAAAAGCCUUUUGAAUGUCAUGUAUGCCAUAAAACAUUUAGGCAGCUAGUCCACUUGGAGAGGCAUCAGUUAACCCACAAUCUGCCUUUUAAGUGUAGUGUUUGUCAUAGGAACUUCAAAAACUUAAUCACUUUUUUAAAGCAUCAGCAGCUUCAUAAUGAAAAUUAUCAGAGUGAUAGCAAGCAAGCAGAAAACUCUGUGAAUUUUGAGCAAGACAGGGUCACUUAUGGCAUAUUUCAAUGUUCUAUGUGCUGGAAAUCUUUUACAACUGAAAAGAGGUGGAUGCUGCAUCAGUGCCUGAAGGCAGAUCAUCUACAUGGUGCCAGAAGGAGAAAGAAAACUCACACUUGUGAAUCGUGUAACAAGACAUUUCCAUCAAGAUCUAAGCUGGAAAGACACUUCCUUAUUCACACUGGCCAGAAACCUUUUAAGUGUUCUUCAUGUGGUAAAUCUUUCAGACAGUCAACACACUUGAAAAUUCAUCAGCUCACACACACGGAGGAAAGGCCUUUUCAGUGCUGCUUUUGUCAGAAGCGGUUUAAAAUACAGAGCAAACUCAUGAAGCACAAACAGCUCCAUGCCAGAAAUAAGACUUUCCCCAAUAUUUUAUACAAAGCGAAGACUCUUAAGUAUCCUAGACUACAGAACCUGUUGGAAGGAAAGAGGGAUAGCUGUGAGAGUGCUGACACUUUCCAAUCACAAGAGAAUGACCCACAUGAUGUUCACUCGAUUUAUACAGUACCCUUUCAGUGCCCAGCAUGUGAGCAGUGUUUUGAAACAGAGCAGGUUCUAAAUUUGCACAACUGUUGUUUUUUGAGAGAUGGCAAAAGUUCAAAUAGUGGUACAACAGCGUGCAGCCACACACUCAUCAUGAAAAAUAAGAUUCUAAAGAAGCAGAAGCCUACUGGAGGAAAAGCAACAGAUUUUUCUCUGACUGACAGAAAAAAAAUAAAAUUAGGUCACUUUAAAAGUCCUGACCUGGUUGCAGCUAGAGAUCAGUGUUCUGAUCAGCAUGCUUCCACUAAACCUUUCAAGGAUUGCCAUAGCAAGCUUGACAUGCACAAGGCACUUAGUAAUCGGAUGAAAAGAACAUUUGCUGUGCCAUUACCUUGGAAAGAGCACCCACAACCUCACGACUUUGGAAUUAAGUUAAAAGGUAUGCUCACUGGUGAAAGCAUGUUAAACAUCGAUGAUUCACUGCAUAAUAAAGAUGACAUUUUUUAUGGUUCAUCAGAUGAUGGUUUCUUUGAUAAUCCAGAAAUACUUCACUGUUCUUUUUCAGCUUCUGCUAAAAAUAUACAUAAUAGACACAAAGCUUGUAAAUGUGACAGAUGUGAAAAAAUCUUCCCAUCUUCAUCCAAACUUCAAAGACACUAUCUUAUACACACAGGACAGAAGCCCUUUGGCUGUAAUGUUUGUGGAAAGACAUUUAGACAGUCAGCUCACUUAAAAAGACAUCAGCUCACCCAUACUGAAAAGAGACCCUGUAAAAACCCUGUUUGCCAGGUGGAAUUUGAAAAUCUGAACAAAGUUUCCAAUCAUCAGGGAGAUCACGCUGAAUUUAAGUCAUCUCAGCCUUUCGGUUACUCGGGUUAUUCUCAAGCACCUUCACAGGCAUCGGGCUUUCAAGAAUUUGAGCUUAUUCAGUCAAACCAAGCAGCUGAAAUCAAAGUUGAAAUUGAGUCAGGGGACCUUGUUCUUGACACCAGCAGUAGAAACACACAGCCAUAUUUGUGUAGUAAAUUCCUGGAAACAGAGCAAAGCUCUUACAGCUAUUGUCAUGGUUUUUCUGAAGGCACUGAAAAAAGUGAAGUUGUUAACAAAUUGUAUCAAUGCAGUAUCUGCUUUAAAACUUUUAAAUCACCCUCUAAGCUUGAAAGACAUUACCUAAUGCAUGCUGGACAGAAGCCCUUUGAAUGUUUAGUUUGUGGUAAAAAUUUCAGACAGGCCCCACAUUUGAAAAGACAUCACCUUAUUCACUUUAAAGAGAGCUUAAAGCUGAGUUCCACUGAGCAGCAACCAGAGAGUAUAUUGUUUUUAUCGAAACUGCAUAAUGCCCUGUGA